AUGUACUACGAUGAUUUUUACAUGGGCCAAGCAGUUGGCCGCCGACUUUCACGAGGAUCGAUGGGACAACGAGCCGGUACAGCUAUGCGAGUUAUGAAGCCUACCAGCGCCAACAACAGCCCCAGAUCCGUCAUGGCUGCCAGGAGGAGGACCAUGAUGAACGAUGGAACCAACACCCGCCGUCAGCAGCAAAUCCUGGAAUAUCUCAACACUGCUCAAAAUCUGGGGCCACCCAGACAAGAUGCCAUGACCAGCCAAGGUCGACCGUUGAGCUGGCAUCCGUCUUCACAUCUCCUCGCUCCUCAACCCAACUUCCAACAUACACCCGGCACCAACCCUCUCUCUACCCCUAACAUGUACACCGACUACCACGACAUGUACUUUGGUGCUGGUCCGCAAUAUUCUCCAAUGGUCGAGUCGUAUUCCACCAACACGUCUCCCGCUUCAACCUUUUCGCCACUACCGGCUGCCUUUCCGCCUCUGGAGAACGACCAGUACUUUGGUGCCGAGGGCUGGGAGAUGACGCAGAAACCUGAAGCUUUCUACACACCGACCGAGGAGGGACAAAUGUUCCCCAACUCGUUUCCAUCCGGCAUGGAAUCUGGCCAAAUGCAAGGCAACAACAGCGCCGAGUGGAACAACUUUAUCAUGCACGGCUUCAACAGGACCUCGCCUCCUACACCAGAGACGUUCCUCCAACCACCACAGCAGCAGGCGCCUACGCAAGAGAGAGCAGGUUCCUUCACUCAGGUAGAGCCUGCAGAGGAGGAGGAAGGCGAGAUCUUGGUUGGAAUGGGCUUGUACGAUACCCCAGACAAGCAUCAGGAAGACCCGCAGCUCAACAACUAUCGGUCAACUGUGUCGUCUCUGCUGGGCUCGACGUUUCGCCACCCGGAGCCUGUGGGCAAGGGCUUAAAGCUGGAGGAGACUUGGGAGCCUCCCAAGUCUGAAGAUGAAGACGACGACUCGGACGACGGGAAGGACGCCGAAGGCGAAGAAGAAGCAGCGGGCACUGCUUAA